CGGCCUCUUAUCAAACUGGAAACUAACAGUAGCUAACUUUGAAUAAAGCGCCGAAUACGCGACGAAUGUCACGUGACGGAGACGUCCACCGAGACUUUCACGUGUUCGUGACGUCACCCACGGCCUCUUAUCAAACUGGGAACUAGAGGCUAGCCUGAGUGGAAUACGCGUGUGAGAAGGACUCAGGAGGGCGACAGACAUGACUUCAAGUGGGACACACGUCGACUCGAAGUCGGAACUAACUACCCUGCUGGAGCAGUGGGAGAGUGGACAUGGAAGUGGCCAGGAUAUGGUGCCUGUUUUAACCAGGAUGUCUGAGCUAAUUGAGAAGGAGACAGAAGAAUAUCGCAAAGGGGACCCAGAUCCUUUUGAUGACCGACAUCCAGGUCGUGCAAACCCAGAAUGUAUGCUUGGAAAUCUGCUACGAAUCCUUUUUAAGAAUGACGACUUCAUGAACGCACUGGUGAAUGCCUAUGUCAUGACAAGUAGAGAGCCCCCAUUAAAUACUGCAGCAUGCCGUUUGCUCUUGGACAUAAUUCCGGGACUGGAGACAGCUGUCGUCUUCCAGGAGAAGGAAGGGAUUGUCGAAAAUCUAUUUAAGUGGGCACGGGAAGCGGAACAACCACUUAGGACCUACGCUACAGGGUUGCUGGGGGGAGCCAUGGAAAACCAAGAUAUUGCAGCCAACUAUCGGGACGAGAACUCACAGAUGGUUGCCCUGGUUCUCAGCAGGCUGCGGGAGCUGCAGUCUCAGGAUGCUUCCUGUAAAAAGGAAAUGAAGCGACAGAGCCCACGUAAGCCUCUUAGUGAACCUCUACUUCCAUUAGAUGAGGAGGCAGUGGACAUGGACUAUGGAGAAACCCCGCUGGAUACGGGGCCUAACCAUGAAGAGGUGGUUUCCUUUCACUUGGAAUCUUCUCCAGCUUAUGGAGUUAUGAACUCUGGGGGCACAGGGCCUUCAUCUAGAAAGAAGUCUGACACGGAGGCUCAUCGUAAAUUGAAACAAAAACUCAGCUUUUCAGAGCCUGAACGAGCAUCAAGUGAACUCUCCAAUAGCAGCUGGUUAGAAAUGUCACCAUGGGUCAUUGGCACCAAUUACAGCAUGUGUCCUCUGACUCCAGGCAUUGAACAGAGACUGAUCCUACAGUACCUAACGCCUCUUGGCGAGUACCAGGAGUUACUCCCCAUCUUUAUGCAAAAGGGUUCUCGUGAGCUGAUGAUGUAUUACAUUGACCUAAAGCGUACAAACGAUGUGUUACUCACGUUUGAGGCUCUUAAGCACUUGGCUUCUCUUCUUCUUCACAACAAGUUUGCUGCCGAAUUUGUUGCUCAUGGGGGUGUCCAGAAAUUGCUGGAGAUACCACGUCCUUCCAUGGCAGCUACUGGAGUGUCCAUGUGUCUUUACUAUUUGUCUUACAACCAGGAUGUAAUGGAAAGGGUAUGCAUGCACCCUCACAAGGUUUUAAAGGAUGUAGUGAACUACACGCUGUGGCUCAUGGAGUGCUCACAUGCAUCUGGCUGCUGCCAUGCCACCAUGUUCUUCUCCAUCUGUUUCUCUUUCCGAGCUGUCCUGGAGCUGUUUGACAGUCAAGAUGGACUACGGAGGCUAGUGAACCUGAUCAGUACCCUUGAAAUCUUAAACCUGGAAGAUCAAGGUGCCUUGCUGAGUGAUGAUGAGAUAUUUGCAAGCCGCCAGACAGGAAAGCAUACUUGCAUUGCAUUGCGCAGAUAUUUUGAAGCUCAUCUUGCCAUUAAGGUGGAACAAGUUAAACAGGCUCUGCAGCGCACUGAGGGUGGGCUACCCAUACAUCCACCUCCACCUUACAAGGCAUGCACAUAUACACGUGAGCAGAUAGUAGAGAUGACUGAGUAUCUCAUUGAGUUUGGUCCAGCUCAGCUGUAUUGGGAACCUGCUGAGGUUUUUCUUAAACUCUCCUGUGUUCAGCUCCUUUUGCAGCUUAUCUCAAUUGCCUGUACCUGGAAAACUUAUUAUGCCAGGAAUGAUACAGUGCGCUAUGCCCUGGAUGUGCUUGCCAUUCUGACUGUGGUGCCAAAGAUUCAACUUCAGUUGGCUGAGCCAGUAGAUGUCCUGGAUGAGGCAGGUUCCACUGUCUCAACUGUAGGGAUGAGUAUUGUGUUAUGUGUGGCAGAGGGAGAAUUUUUCACACAUGAUGCAGAAAUUCAGAAAUCUGCCCUUCAAAUCAUCAUAAACUGCGUUUGUGCUCCUGAGACGCGAGUCUCCAGCAUUGGUAAAUAUAUCUCUGGGACACCUCGGAGAAGGGCACUUGUUUGUCUGCCAUUUCAUCACCAUGGACGCGGAGAGCCCACACUUUCCAAGAUGUGGAAUGUUGUCCAGUCUAAUAAUGGUAUCAAAGUGCUUUUGUCUCUGCUUUCUGUAAAAAUGCCCAUCACCGAUGCAGAUCAGAUCCGGGCUUUGGCCUGCAAAGCACUGGUUGGCCUAAGCAGGAGCACUUCAGUGCGGCAAAUUAUUUCAAAGCUGCCCCUGUUCAGCAGCAGCCAGAUUCAGCAGCUGAUGAAAGAGCCAAUCCUCCAGGACAAGCGUAGUAAGCAUGUGCGCUUCUGCAAGUAUGCAGCUGAGCUGAUUGAGCGAGUGUCUGGGAAGCCACUGCUGAUGGGAAGUGAUGUGUCCCUUGCGCGCCUGCAAAAGGCAGAUGUUGUAGCACAGUCUCGUAUUUCAUUCCCUGAGAAAGAACUGUUGCUGCUAAUACGAAAUCACCUGGUAUCCAAGGGAUUACAGGAAACUGCAGCCACGUUGACACGAGAGGCUGAUCUACCUAUGACUGCUGCUUUACAUUCUUCUACCUUCCUGCCUGCCACUGCUACCCAACCACCUACUACUUCUUCACCUAUUUCUCUGCCACGUGCACCACGUAUCCCCGCUAGACUCUCAAGCACAGCAUUGUGCCCAAGACCACCGUUGCCGCCAACUUUGUCAUCUCCUGUCCCGGUAUCAACAGGUUCCCCACUUAUUGGGCGUAUCAGCUUUGCUCGAGAACGGCAGUCACCUUGUAAUGGAAAGAGGGGACGUGUUCUGCGGCAGAAGUCAGAUCAUGGAGCCUAUAGCCAGAGCCCUGCCUUCAGAAAGCAACUGGAUAGACAUGUGCCCUCUCCUCCCACACUGGACAGCAUUAUGACCGAGUAUCUGCGAGAACAACAUGCUUGUUGCAAGAAUCCUGUUGCGAUAUGCCCCCCCUUCUCCCUUUUUAGUCCACAUCAGUGCCCAGAGCCUAAACAGCGCAGACAAGCCCCUAUAAACUGCACUUCCAGGUUAACCCGACGUGCUGCCUUUCCAAAAUAUGGAGGUGCAGAUGGGGGCUGUUUUGACAGACAUCUUAUUUUUAGCAGGUUUCGUCCAAUAUCUGUGUUUCGUGAAACCAAUGAAGAUGAGAGUGGUUUCACAUGUUGUGCAUUCUCGGCACGUGAGCGGUUUCUGAUGCUGGGAACAUGCACAGGGCAGCUAAAACUAUACAAUGUGUUUAGUGGGCAGGAAGAAGCUAGUUACAAUUGUCACAUCUCUGCAAUAACACACCUGGAGCCAUCUCGGGAUGGGUCUCUCCUUUUAACUGCAGCCACAUGGAGCCAGCCCCUCUCGGCACUUUGGAGCAUGAAAUCUGUCUUUGAAAUGAAGCAUUCAUUUUCGGAUGAUCAUUAUGUUGAAUUUAGCAAACUUUCACAGGACCGUGUCAUUGGUACAAAGGAAGAUGUGGCUCAUAUUUAUGAUAUUCAGACCGGGCAGAAGCUACUUACCUUGUACAACUCAGAUCUGGCAAAUAACUACAAGCGCAACUGUGCUACCUUUAAUCCUACCGACGACCUGGUUCUGAAUGAUGGAGUCUUGUGGGAUAUGCGAUCUGCCCAGGCCAUCCAUAAAUUCGACAAGUUCAACAUGAACAUAAGUGGUGUAUUUCACCCCAAUGGCCUGGAAGUCAUCGUGAACACAGAGAUUUGGGACCUUCGAACCUUUCACCUUUUGCAUACCGUGCCGGCUCUGGACCAGUGUCGUGUUGUGUUCAAUAACACUGGAACUGUCAUGUAUGGAGCCAUGCUUCAGGCAGAUGACGAGGAUGACCUGCUAGAAGAAAGGAUGAAAAGUCCAUUUGGUUCUUCUUUCCGAACCUUUAAUGCAACAGAUUAUAAACCAAUAGCCACCAUCGAUGUGAAGCGCAAUAUAUUUGAUCUGUGCACAGACACAAAAGACUGCUAUCUAGCUGUUAUUGAGAAUCAAGGCACAAUGGAUGCUUUAAAUAUGGACACAGUCUGCCGCCUCUAUGAGGUUGGGAGGCAACGGCUUGCAGAGGAUGAGGAUGAAGAGGAAGAUCAGGAGGAAGAGGAACAAGAUGAGGAAGAUGAUGAUGACGAUGAUGACUCUGAUGACUUGGGUCCUUUACUGGAUGCAGAGCUGGAGGAAGAGGAAACAGGUGAACAAGCAGGCGAGGAUGGAGAGAAUGAUUUCUCACCCUCUGAUGAAGAAGAGCUUGCAAAUUUACUUGAUGAUGAUGAUGAUGAUGAUGGGGAUGAAGACGGCCAUGAUGAAGACUCCGAUAUCGAUCCUGAAGUAGAACUAAUGCUUGGAGACUGUCCAUAAGGAAUAACCUUUGUUUCAGGGGUAUUCCAGCAACCAUAAAUAAACCAUUAAGAGAAUCUGCUGAAUGCCUUUUAAAGAGUUACUGUCACAUGCAGAAGAGGGAGAACUGGUAACACUCACUACAUUGUCUCCUUAAACUCAGACAAGUUCCAUAAUCAUUUUCCAGAGGUAAAUGCGAAUAUACCUCUUUAAGGCAAUGUGCAACACCUUAACAAACACCUGACUUAGCUCAAGAGUUGAUACAUCGAACCUCUGUGUUGUUCUCUUAAACAGCUGGUAGAAGUGAGAACAGUACUGGGCACAAAGAGAGAUUUUUGUACUUAUCGUUAAAUCUUUUUCUUUUGUCCUAUAUUGGGGGACACAGGCACCUUGGGAUGAAGAUCCUGCAUCUGGAGAAUGGACACUAACUUGUUAACUGUGUCUCCGCCUCCUGCUCUGGGCUUCAUCCCCUGCCUCCUCCUACUACAUUCAGUUUCAACCGAAGAAGGAGCAUAGCAACCCAAAACAGGAGUACCUUGACCCCCUCAAAACAGAAAACUAUAAAAAAUACUCCAACAGGAGAAAACUGUUUAGAACCUAAGUUGUCAAAAUUUCAGUGUCAAUACAGGGAGGGAAGGCCUUUGUCCCCCAAUAUAGGACAAGAGAAAAAGAUUUAACGGUAAGUACAAAAUCUCUCUUGCCUAAUUGGGGGACACAGGCACCUUGGGGAUGUCCCAAAUCAACCCAUGAGGGUGGGACACUGAUACCCCUAUGACGGUGCUCAGUUAAUAACAGUCUGUAGCACCUUCCUCCUGAAGCUGGCUUCGGCUGAUGCCUGUGGGCGUAGCCUGUAGAAUCGCGUGAAUGUAUGAAGGGAUGCCCAGGUAGCCUCUUUGCAGAUUUGUUCUGCCGAUGCCUGAUGCCAAACUGCCCAGGAAGUACUGAGAGAACGUGUUGAAUGGGCCUUUACUUUGAUCGGUGGAGCUUUCCCCUUCACCGUGUAAGCUCUAGUGACUGUGGAGCGAAUCCACUUGGCUUUCAAAGUCUUAGAUGCUUUAGUCCCUCUUUUAGGUCCAGUGGGCACAAUGAAAAGUUCUUCCACACCUAGAUCUGGACCGCUGCUCCAAAAGCUGCUAUCUCCAACUUCUCUACUUCGCAAAGAAAGCCAUUCUACUGAAUUGGAAAUCUACUGCCCCUCCGUCUCUACCGUUCUGGCUGAAUCUAGUUAACAGCUCUCUGUCUAACCAGAAACUGACAUACCUCUCCCGUGGCUGUCCGGAAAAAUUUACCAACAUAUGGGGCUUGUGGCUGGCCUACAGAGAAAACCCGGUUAAUCUGCUGAGAAAUGUAAAUUGUUGAACUGUGCUGUUCCUGAUUGCUAGACAUGUUAACUUGCCCUGCUCCCAUUGCCUUCGCUUUCUUCUCUUCUCCCUUCUCUCUCUAUCUUUUUCUUCUCUUUUUCUCUUCUGUUGAAAACCUGAAAAUAAAAACUUUUAAAAAAAAAAAAAA